AUGUCUGGUGCUUGCAAGCGCACACUGAAGUUUCUGAUGGCAAUCUUGAAUGGCAAAUGGGUUAUCUCCAUCGACUGGGUUAAGACAUGCAUGGAACUUAUGGAGCCUGUUGAUGAAUUGAGAUUUGAAAUUUCCACUGAUGUACAUGGCACUGCUGAGGGUCCCAGGUUAGGCAGACAACGAGUUAUCAAUAAGCAACCUAAAUUAUUCGACGGUCUUGAGUUCUAUCUCCAUGGAGAUUACACCAAGUCCUACAGGGGCUACCUGCAAGACCUUGUGGUUGUAGCCAGUGGAACUGUCCUGCAAAGGAAGCCUGUGUCAAGAAAUCAGCAGAAGUUGCUUGACGACAGCUCCCUCAUCCUCAACGUCUACAACAUCGAGAAUCAAGACAAGGCAAAACCAAGAUCAAGGGAUGGCAUAAAUAUUAAUCGUAGCCAAGUUGAUGCUCAGGUUCUGGCCUAUGCCUCUGGUGGCAAAGUUGUGAGCAGCGCAUGGAUCAUUGACUCCAUAGCAGCUUGCAACCUUAAACCUCUUUAA